AUGGGUGUAACGAAGAGAAUUCCGGCUAAGAAGGGCGACCUUUCCAAGCGCGGGGUUACCAAGGGCGGUCUUACGAAGGACGGCGUUACGAAACGAGGCGUUAGCAGCAGUGACGAGGAGGAUGAGAAGGACGUUGGGCUAGACGCGUCGAUCCAGGCGCUGCUGCAGAAACGCCUGGAAGAACGAGGCGAGAUGUUCAUGAGCAUGUUUCAAGACGAUGAGCGUGGCGAGUCAGCCAAUGGGUCACUCCAGCCGGCUGCCAUGUCAGCAAAUACAGCAGGUCAGCAGACUAGCCGCGCAGCCUCGCAAGCAGCAGCUGCACGGGCCGUUGAUCGAAACCGAUCCAACGGCUCCACAGCAGCGGCAGAAGCACAACCAAGCACCGACACAGCCUGUCUUUUGCAACUCACAUCAGGCGGCAAGGGCAAGCGGUUAGCUGAUCGUGUGAAGGUAGAACAGAAGGAAAGAAGGUCCGUGGGGGUGAAUGGGAGUGUGUUGAGGAGUGGGAGUAGAGAUGUAAAGGAGGAGCAACAAGAGGAGGAGGGGGAUGAGGGAGAGGAAGAGGGGGAUGAGGAGGAGGAGGAGGAAGAGGAGGGGGAGGAGGAGGAAGAGGAGGGGGAGGAGGGGGAGGAGGGGGAAGAGGACGAUGAGGACGAAGAGGAAGAGGAGGAAUUAGAGGAGGAGGGUGAGCAUGAGAGUGGUCCGGAAGUUGUAGUGUUUCAGGAGGGGAGCAACCUCAAGAAGCAAGCAACACGUGUCAAGCUGCUAUUGGGCGGCCAAAUCAGCAGCAGGAAGGAGAGGAAGCUCUUUCUGUCAUCCAAGGUGGCCAAUAUAUUCAGGGAUCCCAACGCGCCAGUUGAGGAACCAGAGGGGAGGCGAAGGAGGGGGCGAGGGGUGAAGAAAGAGGAGGAGGACUUGGAGGAGAAGGAGGCGCGGCUGCACAUGCAGGAGUACAUUGCGAUUGCGAGGGAGACAGAGCGGUUGGGCGUGUCUACGAUGGAGUGGAACCAGCGCAAGCAGUGGGAGACCAACCACAUCGUGCGACACUUGGGUGUGAAGCCGCCCAAGCGCAUGAGCAUGAAUUUAGCAGCCACAGAGGGGUAUCGAUCGGUACAGAGGAAGAAGCGCCUGAGGGAACUGGAAGAGUUCAAGCUCCAUAUCUAUCAUGGUAUCGAGCUGGUAGAUUCCGCUCACGCGGAAUCAGAUCCUUGUCGUCCCGAUGGUUCUCUUCCUCUCAGCUAUAACUCUUUCGGCUUCCGGCUUCUUCGCUUAGCCUUUCCAGACUUCUCAUCUUCGCGCUGGUCAAGAGCGCAUUCUUUGCGUCGUCGCGCAUUUCCGAUUUCAACGUCGAUAGCUGAAGAGGUGGAAGCGGUGGCUGAAGAGGUGGAAGCGGUGGCUGAAGAGGUGGAAGCGGUGGCUGAAGAGGUGGAAGGGGUGGCUGAAGUGGUGGAAGCGGUGGCUGAAGAGGUGGAAGUGGUGGCUGAAUAG